AUGCUCCAGGUUUCAUCAAAUGGUUCACUUAGCUAUCCAUGGGCUAUUUCUGUAGCAUUAAAUGGUACAAAUAAACUUGGUGGUGUAAUCAUAUCACCUUAUCAUAUUCUUACUGCAGCACAUCCAUUUGUUAAAUUCAACGGAUAUAGUAUUAUACCAUGCAAGACUGAUACCUAUCGUAGUAUUACCGAAUUAUUAAAUCGUAAAAUUUUAUUUGGUGGCAAAUGCAUCCGCGGUUUCACAGCUAAUAGAACAAAUCAUCCAACAUGUGAAGAAGCCGAUGUAUUCAAUAAUACGAUUCGCACAAUAAUUGUUGACAAUGAUUUUAUAAGUGAAAAUUGUACAAAUGGUCAUGAUUGGGCAAUUAUUGAAGUUGAACAACCAUUUAUAUUUACGGAUAAAGUGCAACCAAUAUGUUUACCAUUGAAAAAUGAAAAGUUGCAAAAUAUUUUAAUGAUCUUUGGAUGGGGACGAAAAAAUUCAUUCUCUGAUGGCAGUCCAUUAAUUCAUGAAAUUCCAAUGCAACUUGACAUGAAUUGUAAAGCAUCAUGGAGUGAUAUGAUGCCAACAAAAGUUCAUGAUUAUAUAUGCAUGAAAUCAUUAAAUCCAAAAUAUGUCAACACACCACGUAUUUGUUAUGGUGAUAGUGGCAGUGGCAUGCAACAAUUUAAUGCUAAUGGAAAAGCGACAGUUGUUGGUAUUACAUCGUAUGGCUUAAAAGGAUGUCCACCAAAUGAACUUGCUCGAUUUACACGAGUUGACUGCUACCUGAAUGAAAUAUGUCAAAUAACUGGUGUUUGUUAUACAGUCAAAAAUUUAAUUAUUUAA